AGAGAGAAGACACAACGCACAACGCCUUCUCGCUAAAAGCGCUCCGGACUACCGGGUGUAGCACAGCAUUACGCGGCACAACUCACGCUCAAGUGGACUACAAACAGCGCAAAGCAGGUUUUUUUACGCAGGGUGGUUUGAAGAGAGAAACACGGCGAGAAAUUGGAUCAUUGUUCCCUUUCAACAGUUGUUGGAACUCUAAAGCGACAGAGGAGUACAGAACGCAUGAGGAUAUUUGAUCGUUUAACGUAGUCUACAUGAGACGACCGUCUGGGGUGAUGGUUAUUUUACACGACUCACUCUUUAACAAAUAGUAAAAUAUUAAAGCAAACUUUGUCGCAUUUAAAAGUAUACUGUAGCUAGCCAAAAUUCGUGGCAAACAGAAAUCUAACCAGAGCGCAAGACUCAAGAUGAUUGCUCUGAUCUUCACAGUAUUAUUUGGAGCGAGAGCGGUGGUGGGGACGCUAGAAGCCUGCAAGUCGGGGAAGCUCACCUCCUCUGGUGAAUGCUGCAAGCAGUGCCAGCCGGGAGAGGGAGUCCUGAAGGAGUGUGGCAAAACUCAGACAGAGUGCACACCAUGCCUGGACAGCGAGACGUUCUCCCCGAGCUGGAGCCACACUGAGCGGUGUCAGAAGUGCACGCAGUGCACGGGCCUCAUGCGCAUGGACACGCCCUGCACGGACACCAACGACGCCACCUGUGUCUGCAAGUACGGUUACUAUGCCGACGCGCUGGGUGGCUGCACGCCCUGCACCGUGUGCCCCGUGGGCUCGGGCGUGCUGAUGCGCUGCGAGCCGGGCCAGGACACGUUGUGUGAGGACUGCGGUGGCGGGGACCUCUACUCGGACCGGGACAGUGACCUGGAGCCCUGCCUGCCCUGCACCAUCUGUGAGGACGAGGAGGUGCAGCUGCAGGCUUGCACCAGGACGAGCGACACGGUGUGCCAAGAUUUGAACCCCCCGAACACCACCGAGUUCGCCGCACCCUCCACGAGCCCCCCUCCAGCCACCCCGACGCCCCCAUACGACUCCACGGCGUCCUACGACGCAACCCCCGAGAGCGCCACCACCACCACCUUCAUCGUACGCGGCUUCAACGAGAACCUCAUCCCCAUCUACUGCUCCAUCCUGGCCGCUGUGGUCGCAGGGCUGCUCGCCUUCAUCAUCUUCAAGAGGUGGAAUAGCUGCAAGCAGAAUAAGCAGGGGUGCGGGCAUCCGGACUGGCACUGCCACCCCAGCCAGACACCGUCGCCCGAGGGGGAGAAGCUCCAUAGUGACAGCGGCAUCUCUGUGGACAGCCAGAGCCUGCAGGAGCACACAGUGGUGAAGAUAGAUGGAGGUCCGUGUAUGGCGUUGCCCUUGCAUUCGUGUGAGGAGGUGGAGAAGCUGCUGGUCCGGGGAGGGGAGGGGCAUGACAUGACGGAGGAGACUGAUUGGUGCAGCCUGGCGGGGUUGCUAGGAUACGAGGAGGAGCGCAUCGCCACCUUCAGAAAGGAGGAGCGGCCUAUUCAUGCUCUGCUCACCGAUUGGGCAAGCCAAGAUUCCGCCAGCGUGGACACGCUCUGUACCGCGCUGAGGAAGAUCAACCGCGACGACAUCGUGCAGAGCCUCGGUGUCAAACCCACUGCCACGUCCGCCGUGUGAAACACACACACACAAACACACACACACACACACACACACACUCACACACACACACACACACACACUCACACACUCGCACU